AUGCUUCGCAGCGCGCUCUUAAGGUGGGGCUGUCUGGACAUGUCUCAACUAUUCUUCUCAUCAAAGACGGCCCCGCAACACCUGCAUGGCGGACCCCUACUGACCGCAGACGCAGUGUCUCACCACGAACACACAGCCCACAUCCUCCUAAACCCCAUCGCCACCAAGUGCGAUUUCAAGUUCAAGGUGGUGUUGUAUUGGUACAUCAACCCCAGCUGCCCUUAUCAGCAAUGUGACCUGCGUAUUCUCCUGCUCCUGUCCUCCCCCGCUAUGAUUAAGUGCAACGUGGCGCAGUGCUCCAUAGCCGCCCCUAGAGCCAAAAAGGAGCUUGAAGGUGCAGAUGAGAAGAAGCAGUUGCAGAAAAAGAAAGUCAAGGAGCUGAAGGUCCUUGAUUCCAAGUCUUCACAAAAUUUGUCCAUUUUUCUUGGAUCGUUCCGUCUUCCAUAUGAAGAAAUCAAGAGUUGCAUCCUGGAAGUUAAUGAAAAGGUCCUCACAGAGUCCAUGGUUCAGAACCUGAUCAAACAGCUGCCUGCACCCGAGCAGCUAAGUGAACUGGCAGGGAUGAAAGAUGAAUACGACGACUUAGCUGAGGCUGAACAGUUUGGAGUUGUGAUGUCUAGUGUGAAACGGUUGGGGCCACGGCUUCAGGCCAUCCUGUUCAAGCUGCAGUUUGAAGAACAGUUAAACAACAUUAAACCGGAUGUGGUGUCUGUGACGGCAGCCUGUGAGGAGCUUAUGAAAAGUGCUGCCUUCUCCAAACUGCUGCAGAUUAUUCUUCUUGUUGGCAAUUAUAUGAAUGCAGGCUCCCGCAAUGGUAAAGCCUUUGGCUUUUCCAUAUCCUACUUAUGCAAGCUACGUGACACAAAAUCGGCUGACCUAAAGCAGACCCUGCUCCACUUUCUCGCUGAUGUUUGCAUGGAGCAGUACCCAGAAGUCAUGAGCUUUCCUGACGAACUCAUCCAUGUGGAGAAGGCCAGCAGAGUUUCUGCAGAGACACUUCAGAAGAAUGUUGAAGUAAUGGGUCGUCAGAUCAAGAACCUAGAGAAAGACAUAGAAACUUUUCCUCCUGCACAAAAUGACAAGGACCAAUUUGUUGAAAAGAUGUCGAAUUUUGUGAGCACUGCCCGUGAACAGUAUGAGAAGCUGGAUCUGAUGUAUAAAAACAUGGAGAAGCAGUAUACAGACCUGGGAGGCUAUUUUGUCUUUGACCCGAGAAAGAUUUCAGUGGAGGAGUUCUUUGGAGACCUCAACACAUUCAAGAACAUGUUUCAGCAAGCGGUGAAGGAUAAUCAGAAGAGGAAGGAAGCAGAAGAAAAGAUUAAACGAGCCAAGCUUGCCAGGGAAAAGGCAGAAAGGGAAAAGGAAGAGAAACUAAAAAGGAAUCAACUUCUGGACAUUAACACAGAGGGUGACGAAACUGGCAUCAUGGAUGGCCUCUUGGAGGCACUGCAGUCUGGCGCUGCAUUCCGGAGAAAGAGAGGACCACGGCAAGCAGCCAACCACAGAAGAGCUGGUCAUGCAGUGACCAACAUGCUGGCCAAAGAACUGAUGCAGGAAGAUGCACCUGCAUCCAAGAAGGCAAACACCAAGGGGAAGUUGGAUGAGACAGACAACCACAAAGCAGAAGUUGGGGAUUCAUUAGAGGAGCUACUGGAAGCCACACCUGCUCGUUCCAGUUAGACGAUAUGGGCACAUUUUCGUUUGUUUUAUGUGUAUGUGUCACGUGCAUCUAUGCAGAUUUUCCUCUUAUUGCUGCAGCCAAUAUUGCUCUUAAAUGUAAUGUAAUCAUCAUACACCGUACUUUACAGAAAUGAAAGUUCAGCCAUGAGAAUUUUGCAAUUAUCAUAAAAAUGGAUAACAUGGGCAAAAGUUGCUGACUUUUCUAUAAACACUUUCUCGUUCCUAACAUAGAUCAUAAUCAAUGAAUUCACAGCUUGUCCAUUAUUGGAGCGAUUCACCAUUAUGUCCUAAUUUUUUCUCGUAAGAACAUCGGGCCCAUAUAGCUGCUUCAAACGGUUAGUUUUGGAUGCACCGCAAGACGUCCACGUUUUUUAGCCCAAAAAUAGAUUUUCUCUGCACUUGUUUGAUACAUUGUGCUUUUCAAUUUGUAAAUGCUGAUGAUUCCACUUUGUUACUGGAAAAAUGUGCCAAUGAAUAGAAGUCCACAGUCUUGUCAUUUCAUUCACAGUAAAAGCCUUGCUUUCUGUAGCUCACACAUUGGGAAAAUAAGUUUAUCCAAGGGUGUACACUCGUUUGUGUGAGUUUUUUUUUUUUUCUCCCCAACAAUUUUUUCAAAGGGUGAUGCACCAAAUUGAAGAAAACAAGCACAGUAAAAUGACAUGAACAUUCCUUUGAUUUGCCCACAGUGUUAUUAGAGAAAGUUCUUGCACAGAGUAAGCAAAUCCCAAGCGUUUUUGCCUGGGCCACAUUUAUUUGGAAACACCCUUUCAAAAAGCACUUUACAUGCCUGUGUGUUUUAUAAGCAUGUAAUGUGAGUCAUCUAUUUUUAGUUCGUACUUAUGUGUGCGGUGUGUGUCACGUGCCUGUGUUUUCUGAAAUUAUUAUACCCACCUCUCCAUCAUACAUUCUAGUUUUAUUAAACAACGUUGUGGUUUUUGCAGAGAUGGCACACUGGAAAUCUGGCCAAAAGUGCCCAUGUCUGUGUGUGUAUUUCGUUGGUGUUCGAACACAGGGGAUCUGCUAUAUGUGUGACGCUGGAUGUAGUUUGUGGGUCCAAAAUGAUGGAUGCCAUCAUUAGCACCUAACACUGACCCUACUCACUCUUUUCUACUCAAUUCCAAACUGCAGCUUCGAUGCAGUCUGUCAGCAGAUAUGCAGUAUCUAUAACAUUCCUAUGCAAACAAAAUACGUAAAUUUGUCAUCCUUUAUAAACAUGUAAUAACGGGAUUGAAUUAUAUCAACUGAUUCAAUUCUUUUCAUGAUGUGACAUGGAGGAAUGAUGAAAAUCUGUUGUUCAGGGAGGAUAUCCUCAUUGAAUUAACAACCUGGGGUUUCUGUUAGUUGCACAUUUAAUGAGUGUGGCGAAGCACAAAAACCUGCUGUACCUAUUGACCAGCCAAGGAUGUUACGUGUUUGGAUGUGCCAGCUACUGGAAUGUGGCUCAUUUCAACAUUAAUGGGAGGAUAAUACAGAAUAAAAGGAACACAUCACUGGAAUCUAAGUUUUGUUUUCUAUUUUUUUAAGAUUUUCUAUGACGAUUUUUACAAAUGAUUUUUUUUUUUUUUUUUUUAAUCUCAUUGAAUGCAUGUGCUUUUUCCAGAUAUUGCUGUAUGUAUAGAGAACAAUGCACAUAUUUCUGUUUGCUACGCAGAACAAUUAAAGUUUCUUG